CACACAGCGGGGAAGUGUUCCUGGACGAGAUUCAAGGAAGGUUUCAGCGUUUUAUGGCAUCUAAUGUUGAACUAAUCCACACGGCAGAGGAGGGAAAUACAUUAAACAAAACUAUGGCAGGCUCUGCAAGAAAAGUUCGGGAAAAUGAGGAUGUAGACAGUACUGAUUCGGAGGACAGAGUUCCUCCACUCAGGGGAUGUGUAGAUAGGACAUUAGCAGAAAGCGUUCGGUCUUUACAUUUUGGUGUACAUGAGAUGGCCACCAUGGACAAAGGCAGAGAGUUACUCACUCAUUCUGGAUCUGAUGAUGGACCUGCAGAAAUGGAAAAGAGUCAAAUCAUGGCGAUUAUUAAACAGAAGCUUAAAGGUCAUCUGAGGGAAAAGUUUACAUACAUAAACGAAGGUACGUCAGCCAGUCAGUCUCAACUCAAGAAUAUCCACACAAGACUCUACAUCACUCGACAGACUGAGGAGUAUGGCUGCAUACCACAUGAGAUUUUAGAUCAGUUUAAACUCCCAAAUGAGAAGUCACCAUAUUCAAGGCUUAACUAUAAACAGAUCCAUAGCCUGAAUAUCUUCAAACCAGGAGGAAAUGUUCACCAACAACAACCUGCAAAGGACAGGUCCAUCCGAAGAGUGAUGACAAAAGGGAUUGCUGGCAUUGGAAAGACAGUUGCUGUCCAAAACUUUGCCCUAAAUUGGGCAGAAGGAAAAUCCAACCAACACAUUGACUUCAUCUUUGUGCUUCCUUUUAGAGAGCUGAACAUGCUCAGAGAGGGUGAGUACAGUCUGCUGCAACUUCUUCUUCACUUCUACCCUGAACUGAGACUGCUAGAAGAUACGCAGUUAUUUGUGAACAAGCAAAUACUGUUCAUCUUUGAUGGUCUGGAUGAAAGUAGGUUUCGACUGGACUUUGAAGUAGGUAUGAGAGUUAGUGAAAUAGUUCAGCAGUCAACAGUGGAUGUGUUGCUGACAAACCUCAUCAAAGGGAACAUGCUGCCCAAUGCUCUGCUCUGGAUAACUUCCCGUCCUGCAGCUGCCAGUCAGAUUCCCCCUAAAUACAUUGACCAGAUGACAGAAGUGCAAGGGUUCGCUGAUCAACAGAAGGAAGAAUACUUCAAGAAGAGAUUCAGCAAUGCUAGGCAGGCCGAAGAAGUCCUAUCUUGUCUCAAAGGAAUGAUAAGCUUCCAUUUCAUGGGCCAUAUCCCAAUCUUUUGCUGGAUCACAGCUGAGGUAUUUAAGGCAGAGUGGAGUGACCAGAGGAGUCGAAGGAUCACAACAAUGACAGAUUUAUAUAUUCAUUAUUCACUAAUUCAAACACAGAGAGCAGCAAACAAAUAUGGGAAGAAAAGUUCCAAGGCACAAAAGAAGAGAUCGAAAUCAGUGAAUGCGGACAUGAUUUUAAAACUGUCCAAGUUGGCAUUUGAACAGCUGCAGAAAGGAAACAUCAUAUUCUAUGAAGAAGACCUCAGAGAAUGUGACAUUGAUAUUGACAAAGCUUCAGUGUUCUGUGGAUUUUGCUCUGAAAUCUUGAAGCAAGAAUGCGGCCUGUACCAGAAAAAGAUGUUCAGCUUUGUGCAUUUAAGCUUUCAGGAGUUUCUUGCUGCUCUUUACAUGUUUCACAGCUGUGUAACAAAGAAUAUCAGCACUGUGAAGUCUUUCUUGGGUGUUGACCCUACAGAUCUGAGCUUCCUAGAUUUGCAGAAGAGAGUUGUGGAUAAAGCUUUGCAGAGUGAAAAAGGUCAACUGGACCUUUUUCUCUGCUUCUUCCUUGGAUUAUCGCUUGAGUCCAGUCAGACAAUGCUCGGAGGUCUACUACCAAAGAUAAAGAGCAGCUCGGACACCGUUGAGGAGGUGAAGAGAUACUUAAGAAAUUUUCAUGCAGGAAACAUCCCUCCAGAGAGGUGCAUUAAUCUUCUUCUCUGCAAGUUUGAGCUGAAAGAAGAGAGAUUUCAGGAUGACGUCAGAAUGUAUCUAGAUUCAGGAGUAAGACUAUCACCCAUUGAUUGCUCGGUGCUGUCCACCGUGCUGCAGAUGUCUGGUGAACUGGUGGAUGAACUUGAUCUGACAAAAUGCUUCACACCAUUAGAGGGGAUUGAAAAACUUCUCCUACUAAUGAAGAACUGCAAGAAAGCUGCACUCAAGAGUGAGCAUUUGGGACAUGAUCGUCUUACUAUACUAGUCUCCACUCUGCAGUCAGCAGACUCACGCCUGAGAGAACUGUGCCUGGUGUGUUUUUCUAACUCCAAUGUUCCUCUUCCUGAGGCUCUCUUUGCUGUACUGGGACAUCCUGACUGUAAACUGGAGACACUGAGACUGUCGGGGUUUGCUCUAGGUUUUGAACACUGCCACGCACUGACCUGCAUCCUCCAUUCAAAACACUCAUCUGUGAGAGCACUGGACCUGACAGACUGCAUAUACAGUUAUCCACAGGAUUGGAGUGGAUAUUACUCUCAAGAGGUGAAGGAGAAGAAAAAGUAUGAAGAUGUUGAUGAUGAGUUAAGCCUGCUCACUAUCAUUCCUGCUACCUUGAUCAGUCCAGUCUGUAAACUGGAGAAACUUAGCAUGCUUGGUUGUCACCUGAAAAGUAAAUGCUGUCAAGUGUUUGCCUCAGUUCUCUGCUCAAACUCCCAGCUGAGAGAGCUGGACCUCAGUCGGAACAACCUGCAGGACUUAGGAGUGCAGCUGCUCUCUGUUGGACUGGGGAGUUCAACAUGUAGGCUGGAGAUACUGAGGCUGUCACGUUGUGGGAUCACAGAGGGAGGCUGUUCCUCUCUGGCCUCAGCUCUGAAGUCUAACCCUUCCCAUCUGAAAGAGCUGGACCUCAGCUACAAUCACCCAGGGGGGUCAGGAGUGAAGCUGCUCACAGAGAGACUGCAGGACCCAGAAUGUAGAUUGGAAAUACUCAAUGUGGACCAUGAUGAAGAGCUCUGGGUGAACACACAGCUUCUGAACAAGUAUGCCGUUGAGCUCACGUUUGACCCCAACACGGUGAAUGAACACCUCCUUCUGUCAGAGUGCAAGAGGACAGUGAACCAUACUGAAGAGAAGCAGGCAUAUCCUGACCACCCAGGGAGAUUUGAUCAACAGAAACAAGUGCUGUGUACAGAAGGUCUGACUGGACGCUGCUACUGGGAGGUGGAGUGGACCGGAUUUGUGAAUGUCGGUGUGGCAUAUAAGAGCUUAAAGAGGAAAGGCCGGUGGGACACGGAAAUUGAAUUGAGCGACAAGGCCUGGACUUUCAAUAUUACUGUGUGGAACGGUUAUUCUUUUCGUCACAGGCGUAGGGAAACAUUCAUUCCAGUCCCCAUCAUUGACGUCCAAGGCUUUCUAGCAAGAACGAUGAGACUGGGACUGUUUCUCGACUGGCCGGCUGGCAUUCUGUCUUUCUAUUGGCUGUCUGGUGACACAAAAACUCUGCUUCACACUUUCCACACCACUUUCACUGAGCCUCUCUACCCGGCAUUCACUGUUUACUCUGGAUCUCUGACGCUGGCCAGUGCAGUAAAGCUGAGAAUGGAUCAUGCUCAGUCAAGCUUCACACCUGAGGUGAUAACAGAGAGAAUUGGCAUCUCAUACAGGUUCACAUUCCCCAGCUCAGGUGUGUUCCAGUGUUCUUUGACUGGGCUGGUGUUUCAUGUGACUCAGGAGGGGGAGGUCAUGUACAAGACUUUGAUUUGGGAUAAAAUGCUCCUCCAACCUGCUUGCAAGGUACCUGGAGGCCCGCUGUUCAGUAUCAAGUGUUCUCAAGGCUCCAUCUGUCAGCUUCACCUCCCACACUGUGAACCGGAACCUGAACUGGUCUCGGAAAGCCUCUCUGUCGUCCACAUUACUGAGGAAGGCAUGACCAUCUUACAGCCACGGGAGGUUACUAAAACCCACGUGGUUGUGGACACCCCUGACCUCUCUGCCUUUGGCAUCGUAUGGGAUCUCUUCAGCAGGUUUAUGAACAUCUUGACCAAACCAGUAAGCGGCCAAGUGCUCCUGUUCCUGCGACCAACGGGCAGAAGGGGGAACCUCAUCCUCAGCGUGCUUCUGCUACCAAGCAACGUACCUCUGCAGGAGGUAAAAGUGCAACAUGAAAACUGUGAGUACAUCCAGGCCCCAUCCUACUGUCUCCUCCACAAAAGCCAACAUUACAGCCUCCACAGUGACCCAGAGGGCUAUAAAAUCCAGCCCCCACGUGCGCUGUUUUUUGAAAACUACGGACCAAAUUACCAUGCAUCGUUUGAGGUCAUCCUGACGACGAGCACAGAGGAAGUGACUCUGAUGGUGCAAGAUCCAGACAGGAUGCAAGUUUGGGUUCAUAGCCUUCAUCUGCCUGCUUCAUCUGCACAUGCUUCUCCAGAUGAAAAUCUGCAAAGGAUGCAGAGCAAUAUCUCAGCCGAGGAGAAGCUGCGAAAAGCUCGGGGACACUUUAUUGAGCGAGUGUCUGAUCCUGUCCUCAGCAAGCUGCUGAUUGAACUUGUGCAGCACAAGGUUUUAAGUGAUGCUGAGGAAGAAGCAGUCAGAGACAAACCCAGGGCAGACAAAGCGCGAGACUUAAUAGACAUGGUGCGAAAAAAGGGAGCAGAAGCAAGUUCGAUCAUGAUUAAAACUCUCUCUGUGAAUGAUAAAUUCCUUUGCAAAGGGCUCAGCUUAAUGUGAAGCAAAUAUGCAUUGAAAUCUAAAGGCAACUUUGAGGAUCAGAACUUAAUGAAGAUUUGAAUGAAUGUUGAACAUGUAAAUGGAGGAAAGAGGAUAGAAGAUCAAUGCAAUGAAUGAUACUGGAUUUAACCCCCUGGAGUCCAGGGACGUGCCGGUGCGUCUUUAUCACGUUUCACAAUGAGAUGACGUCGCUGCAAGACGCAGCCUCGCUGAGUUUUUAGUUUUAAUUUGUGUCAAAAGUGGACACUUCAAACUGUAUACAAGUUUUUAGAUUUUGUAACAUUUUGUCAAGUAAAACCUGAGUUAUGAUAAACAACAUACGCGAUGCUUUUUUCUGAACAUUGUCAGCACGUUUUUAGAAAUAAUAUAUAUAAGUUUUACGUUUUAUAAAUAAUUUGUGUGUGCAUUUUAUUGUGACACCUGAUUGUGUUGUAAAUAGCUGUACAAAAAAACACCUGAGGCAUUUCCUGCAUUUUAAGGUAAAUAGUUGUAAAUAACUUGUUGUUUGCGAUUCUUUUUUUGAGAUUUACAAUUUAUAGGCAAGGCAACGUAAACCAUUUUUAAGCUGAAAUUUAAAGGUACAAUCACAAGUAGUCAAAAACAGACAAUGACUCCAGAGGGUUAAUGCUUUGUUCUAAAUGAUUUUGAAUGUGGUUGUAUGAUGUAAUCGGGUGACGUAUCAGAGUGAGCAGAGGCUUUGCUAUACACAACACUUCUUGCACUUUACUUUGACUGAGCAACAUCACAACAUUUCUGCUAUGGGAACCAUGUGAACCUUACAAGUCACAUGAUGAAAGGGUGGGCUGAUGACCGACGACGAGCCACACUGUGGCUCUGGGAGGACAGGUGAGUCAUUCACACCUGGACACAUCAGACUCUAACAAGUCACAUGAUGGCUGUGUGUGACAACGACCCAUUCACCACCUUGUGGUCACAUGUUGGCUGGGCAGGUCUCCUGUCUGGGUUUAAUACCUGGGACUCCCAGCCAGUGAAUCAGCACUGAAGAAGCCUUCUGGAUGAGAGGUGAAACGCUAAGCUCUUCUACACAAGAUGGCCUGGAUGACUGAGAAUCUACACAGACAACAUUUCUGUUUAUAUUUCUGUUGAUUACCUCUAACAUAGCUGUAAGACAGUUACUGUAUGUACCAGUGCUCUACAGAACAUGCUGUUUCACUACAAUAUGAACAGAUUCUGCUUAUUCAGCUUCCUCCUGUCCUCAGUGAAUUUGAUGGCAGUAUUCUGCUCAUCUGCUGGGUCUACUGCAUUUUUCUACUUGUCAUAAUUUCUUAUUUUCCAUUCCAAGUACACAUUUAACUUUAAUAUAUUAUCUGUAUUUUUUAUUUUCUCUGCUACUCCUUCUGCUACUCAAAGCCUUCAAGAAUAUUAGUCUGGUGGAAAAAAUACGAAUUCUCUCCAUUUUACUUUGUAUUUUUGGUUGAAAUUUAAGAAUUGAAGAAUGUAAAUUUCUCAGGUCUUUCAGGUUCCUCAGGUUCUUCAGUGGCCAGCUCGGACCAUGUGCAUAUGCAUAUAAGAAACAGGUUUAUUUUAUUUACUGCAUUUAUGAAAGACAUGUUUGAAAAGUUGUCUUUAAAAAAAGUUUUCAAGUAAUGUUUGAAGCUGUCUGAACUGUGUUUGGGUUAUAUGAAUAAAGAAUUGAAAAUAUG